AGCCACUCUGGCUGGGGAAGGCGCGAGGGAGGGGAAGCGGACCCUGCACGGAGCUCGGCAGACGGUGACCGACCGUGAGGAGAGGCUCUUCUCCCACGCACGCCGGAGCGCAGGGGACCGCGGGAGGGCGGGGCAGGGCAUCAGCGGGGUUGGCGCGCCUGGCAUCGCAGCCCCAACUCCUGGAAACCGCGCGGACACUUUGCGAAAGAUCCGAAGGCAGAAAAGCUGUGACACUUUUGACGGAGGGGGUAGGGGGGUGGGGGGCGGGGGCAACGCGGGGAGCUGGGGCGAAGAGACCCAGCGGGACACCAGCUGCUCGGUGGGGGAGGCAGCGAUGUGAGCUGGACGCCUGCCUCAGAGGAGUCUGGACCGAACGUCCCCGGAGAGUCGCCGGCCGUACCAGGAAGUCAACUUCAAGCAGAUUGACUUGAAUCAGGACCUCACUGGGGAAGCAUAAGUGUUCCAUAAACUGCAUUUUUUUUUUAUUUGGAAAACACUCAAGUUCAGAGGCUUUACCAUCCUGAACUUCACUUUGUGAAAACCUGGCAAUCCCAUGUGGACUUCUGGUAGAAUGAGCAAUGCAAAGAGCUGGCUUGGACUUGGCAUGUCCUUAUACUUCUGGGGAUUAAUGGACCUUACGACCACUGUUCUCUCGGGCACACCAACACCACCAGGCGAAUUAGAAGCGCUCCUGUCUGACAAGCUACAGGCACACUCACGGACAAAGAGGAGCUGGGUUUGGAACCAGUUUUUUGUUCUGGAAGAGUACACUGGAACUGACCCUUUGUAUGUUGGCAAGCUUCAUUCAGACAUGGACCGGGGGGAUGGAUCCAUCAAAUACAUCCUCUCUGGAGAAGGUGCAGGCGUCGUGUUUACCAUCGAUGACACCACUGGAGACAUCCACGCCAUUCAGAGGCUCGACCGAGAGGAAAGGGCCCAGUACACCUUAAGGGCUCAAGCCCUGGACAGGCGGACAGGCAGGCCAAUGGAGCCAGAGUCAGAAUUUAUCAUUAAAAUCCAAGACAUCAAUGACAAUGAGCCCAAGUUCCUGGAUGGACCUUAUGUUGCCACGGUGCCAGAAAUGUCACCAGUGGGGACCUCUGUUAUCCAGGUGACAGCCACAGAUGCCGAUGACCCAACCUAUGGCAACAGUGCCCGGGUAGUAUACAGCAUCCUCCAGGGCCAGCCAUACUUUUCUGUGGACUCCAAAACAGGUGUAAUUAGGACAGCACUCAUGAACAUGGACCGAGAAGCCAAAGAAUACUAUGAAGUCAUCAUCCAAGCCAAGGACAUGGGAGGGCAGCUUGGAGGAUUAGCUGGGACCACAACAGUCAACAUCACCCUCUCGGAUGUCAAUGAUAACCCACCCCGUUUUCCCCAGAAACAUUAUCAGAUGAGUGUGUUGGAAUCAGCUCCAGUUAGCUCUACCGUGGGGAGAGUGUUUGCCAAGGAUUUGGAUGAAGGAAUCAAUGCGGAGAUGAAGUACACUAUUGUGGAUGGAGAUGGUGCAGAUGCAUUCGACAUUAACACAGAUCCCAAUUUCCAAGUUGGCAUCAUAACUGUGAAGAAGCCCCUGAGUUUUGAAAGCAAGAAAAGCUACACCUUAAAAGUGGAGGGAGCCAAUCCUCACCUAGAGAUGCGUUUUCUGAACCUAGGCCCAUUUCAGGACACAACCACAGUGCACAUCAGUGUGGAAGAUGUGGAUGAGCCUCCUGUGUUUGAACCUGGCUUUUAUUUUGUGGAGGUACCUGAAGAUGUGGCGAUUGGAACAACCAUACAGAUCAUUUCUGCCAAGGACCCAGAUGUGACCAACAACUCGAUCAGAUAUUCCAUUGACAGAAGUAGUGACCCUGGAAGAUUCUUCUAUGUUGACAUUACAACAGGUGCCCUAAUGACUGCAAGACCCCUUGACCGAGAAGAGUUUUCUUGGCAUAAUAUUACUGUCCUUGCUAUGGAAAUGAACAAUCCUUCCCAGGUUGGAAGUGUUUCUGUCACAAUCAAAGUCUUAGAUGUGAACGACAAUGCUCCAGAGUUCCCCAGAUUCUAUGAAGGUUUUGUCUGUGAGAAUGCCAAAGCAGGGCAGCUGAUCCAGACAGUGAGUGCAGUGGACCAAGACGACCCACGCAACGGCCAGCACUUCUACUACAGCCUGGCCCCUGAGGCUGCUAACAACCCCAACUUCACCAUAAGGGACAACCAAGAUAACACUGCCCGGAUUCUAACCAGGAGGUCUGGCUUCCGGCAGCAGGAGCAGAGCAUCUUUUACCUGCCCAUCCUGAUAUCAGACAACGGGCAGCCAGUGCUGAGCAGCACAGGCACACUGACUAUCCAGGUGUGCAGCUGUGACGAUGACGGCCACGUCCUGUCCUGCAGCCCCGAGGCCUACAUGCUCCCCGUCAGUCUGAGUCGCGGUGCCCUCAUCGCCAUCCUGGCCUGCAUCUUUGUCCUCUUAGUGCUGGUGCUGCUCAUCCUGUCCAUGAGGAGGCACCGGAAACAGCCGUACAUCAUCGACGACGAAGAGAACAUCCACGAGAACAUAGUCCGCUACGACGACGAGGGCGGGGGCGAGGAGGACACCGAGGCCUUCGACAUCGCGGCCAUGUGGAACCCGCGGGAGGCGCAGGCGGGAGGCGCCCCCAAGACGCGGCAGGACAUGCUGCCCGAGAUCGAGAGCCUCUCCCGCUACGUGCCUCAGACGUGCGCUGUCAACAGUACCGUCCACAGCUAUGUGCUGGCCAAGCUCUACGAGGCCGACAUGGACCUGUGGGCCCCGCCCUUUGACUCCCUGCAGACGUACAUGUUCGAGGGGGACGGCUCGGUCGCCGGGUCUCUGAGCUCCCUGCAGUCAGCCACGUCGGACUCAGAGCAGAGCUUCGACUUCCUGACAGACUGGGGGCCCCGCUUCCGGAAGCUGGCGGAGCUCUACGGGGCGUCUGAGGGGCCCGCGCCCCUAUGGUGACGGAAGCCGACGCGGGUCCAACCCAGCCAUUCUGGGCGGAUGCUUCGCGGACAAGGCACAGGCAACCACGAGAGCAAUAUUGUGCUGGAGAGUCAGGAUGGGGGUGAGCGGGCGAAUGAGGCUCUCUCUGGAUCAGCUUUACUUGGUUAGAUUAAGUUAAAUAAUCACAAGGAAACACAGGAGGAGGGGGGCAGAAUCUGCGAUGACCUUUUUUUCUUUUUAAUUUACGUGACACUGUAUUACAAGGCAUAGAGUCCAGAGUUGAAUAUGGCAGGUUUGGCUUUUCUCUGCCAUUCACCAAGGUCUUCGUUACUUUGCCGCCUCAAAGCGGCUGUGCUUUUUGAUGCCGAGGUGUAAUUGAAACGAUACUGUGCUAUCUUUUGUUUUUUGUUUUGUUUUUCCCAUCCUAUUUUAUUCUCCGUUUAAGAGUUCUGCUGGCUCAUCAUCACACCGCACAAAUCAACCCACACAAAAGAACACUGAAAAAUUUUUCCUCGGUGAAAUUAACCUACUUGUUCUGGAGUGGAUGGAAUUAACCCUUUUCAGACAAGGUUAAGGCCGAAUUGGCCUUGCAUGGGGGAUGGGUGGGAGGGUGGGAGAAGGAAGAGGCAUUGACUUUACCCUCAAGUUUAAUGGCUGAACCAAGAGUUGGCAUUACAACAAAUCCACCUCCAUGACGUUACAGGGCUCUUGUUCUCUCAGCUCUUUAACUGUGCCCCUGCAAAAUUGUUCAGAAGGAAAACAAAAUCUGCCUCUUUUGCACUGUAGAAAUCUCUUCCAUGUGCCAAAUGUGAAGAUUAGAUGCUACAAAUGAAAGCCAAAUAAAAAGAAGUAUCUGAUAAAAGCAUGGGUUAGAGGGCUUUCCUAAUCUGUGUGAGGUCAAUCCAAGGGAUGUUUACAUACUGUAGAUAACCUACUUGAACAAAAAUCAGUAUUAUAGAGAAUAAAUGGAUGUAAGAAAAUUACAUGUAAAAGUUUUGUAUAUUUGUUAAUAAUUUUGGUAAUAAAUAUGAUGUACUGCACCUCAGUACCUUAGCACUUCUUUUAAUAAAACUUAAAUAGAAGGGAAA